AUGGCUUUACCAAAUGAUAAACGCUUAUGCAACGGAAUUCCCAUCGACCAUCGCCUAGAGCGAUUUCUGCCGAACGCGAUGCAGAAGCAUUCUGAUGGAGUUGGAAAACACGCAGACAUAGUUGAGGCCUUUGGCAAUACCAUGAUCCGUGACGACGGGACUACUCCUAGUAAGCACGAAGCCGGUUUCGCCGCAUGGCUUGCCAAACCAGACAUGACAGGAGGUCUAGUCAUUGCGCUGCAACAGCCAGCGAAAUCACAGGUCUUCACUGCAGACGUUGAAUGGGUCCGAGACGAAUGUGAUACACUGGCCUACCUGGACAAGUCGCUCACUUUUGUGAACGGCCCUGGAGGUCUGAGAACCACGAGCGUAUUCGAUGCGUUCCCCUUUAUCACCGAACAUAUCUCUUCGAAAGAACUAUCUGACGAAGCGACUCGUGCAUAUCACACAUUUGAGUCCAUGAUAGCGGCAAAAAGGCCCCAGGUACUCUUUGCGUGCUGGCGAAUACAUGGCCGGAAGGAUCUUUCCUUUUCUGGGAAAGGGGUUGGGAAGACCAAAGAGAUACGUAGCUUGACGUUACCAAAUGGUCAUGUUGUUCGCGUUGUAAAUGGGUUCCACCCUAGCUACAUGGCCCAUUACUGCCCGAACGAAAGCUGCUUCCGAAGACUCUUUGCUAUAGAACUGUGCAAAGCGCUGUGCGAUCUGCACUCAACUUGGAAGGAAGAGGACUGGAUGGACGACCUUAGAAGAAGGUGCCAAAAGAGAACUUCUCAAUUAAUGAAAGAGAAUGGUAGAGAUGGCGAGCAACUUAACACGGAACCGGGCCGCCAGCUUCGAAGUACAUGUAGUAAGGCAAACAACACCGCUAAGAAAUACGAAGCAUAUCGUCAAUCCUUCGACAACGGCCUGAAGGUUCUCAAACAGAUUUUUGACCAUAUGGUGUCCUCGGUGUACACUUAUCAGAAUUCAUGGGACCUCUAUAAAUUCUUUGUCUUUGACCAGAAUACAUCCGAAGGCAUCUGUGAUGCACUGCUAGCCGUAUCUGAGGCCAUGGGGCAAUUCGCACGCACUAUUUCGAUGCGGGAGUCUGCGGCUGUAGAACUAAAAAGGAAGAAUCACACCACAAAGACCAUCAAUGUCGUCCCCGAGCUGGGACUGCUACACUUACGGCGAGCCAAGCCACUCGUCCAACAGCCUCCCCAGCCCAAAUACCACACCUUCGAGGAAGCUUUCAAGUGA